AUGCUCUUCUUACCAGUUCUGCUAGUGAUUGUUGCCACAGCAAAAGUAGCUUGUGAGCAUGAAUACGCAUGCAACAUACGAGCAUCAUGUGGUUGUUCUACCAGAUUGACAAUACUUGCAAAGAUUGUUGGUGGAGAACCUGCCCAACCGCGUUCAUGGUCUUGGAUUGUAUCUCUAUUCGAUCAUCCAACUAACAAAUACUUUUGUGCUGCAUCGAUCAUAUCCAAUGUUUGGCUGUUAACAGCAGCACAUUGUUUUAUUCGACGAGAUCACUCUGAUAUCAUCGUCCAUGCGGGAUCCAAUCAACUCAAUGAUAGUACUCAACAUCGACAUAUCGCAAAAAUUAUUGUACAUCCAGAAUUCAACCAACACACUUUUGUCGCUGAUAUAGCUCUUAUUCAACUUACAUCACCAUUAGACAUGACCGAUCUAUCCAUAGCUAAAAUAUGUUUGCCUGCUAUGAGAGUCCUAGAUACGAUACCAGACGAAAACGAACCGACAAUCGAUAUGAAUGAAUAUCCACCAGUGAACUCAGCAGUUGUCGCAGUCGGUUGGGGAAAACUGGCUGAUAAUGAUCAUUUACCGUCCCGAGAACUUCAACAAGUCACAUUGAAAGCAAUUCCAUAUGAAAGUAAAACAUGCGAAGACAUGAUCUUUGAUCGAUCCGUACAAUUCUGUGCUGGUGAUGAGAUGGGAGGAAAAGGUACAAGCAUUCAAUAA